AUGCCGUGGGGCAUAAACGACGUUGCAAUGGCGGUGCGGUCGCAAACGCGUCUGAGCUCGCAGCCUCAGAGGUUUGACAUCUCCUCGGAUGCCGACGACUCCACGGUGGAGGCUCCGAGCCUCGAGGAGGAGCUGAGCCAUCUCUUGCGGGCGAAGGGGGGCUCGAUGCCUCUCUGGGAGAUGGAAUGGGCGGAGGUGUGCAUGACGCACUUCAAGAACCUUCAAGAGUUGGCAUCUUUCUUGGAAUCUCGACCCCGACGCUUCUCCGUGCGCUGGGAAGGCACCCCACAGGUCGAGGAAGCAGCUGGGUGGCUGGCGCGUGUACCGGCCAGCGGCAGAUCCUGUCGGCGCGCUGGGGGCAGAAUCCGCUCCCUGCACGCCGGAGACUCUUGA